AUGAUGUCAGGAAAUUAUACAUCAUCAUCAUCAUCACCAUCACCAUCAUCAUCAUCAUUACCAUCAUCAUCACCAUCAUCGUCUAAUCAAUGGAUAGGAAAUAAAUCAUUCUAUAUACGUGAUAAUACUAAUCCAACCUUACAACAUAUCAUAGAAAGUUGUAAUUAUGAACCAUUUUUUAAUUAUAACACUAGACUAACUUCAAAAUCAUAUCAUCAUUCACAAAAUCGUUAUGAUACAUUGUAUCAUUCGAAACAACAACAACAACAACAACAACGGCAAAAUGAUGCAUUCAAUUGUAAUAUGCCAAGAAUUGUAUUAUCCCCGCCGCCACCGCCACCGCCACCGAUUCAAAAAUCAAUUAGAAAUUAUCAACCUAUGAAUGAAACAUAUUGUAUACCUAAACGAUCAUAUUCACCAUUAAUUAUUCAAAAUAAAUUAGAAACAGAAAAACGAAAUCAUUCUUAUUAUAAAUCAAUGAUAAAACAACAAAAUCCAUAUCAUCCUAUUCAAUAUACAAAAUCAUCAAUACAAAUGAUCCCGGAAACAAUAUUAUCAAUGAAUCGAUUAAAUAAAAAUCCAAUCAAUCAACAUAGAUCACAAUUGAAUCCAUGUUUAUCAUCCCAUAGAUCAAGUCAACUAAAUGAAACUCAAUUUAAACCAUCUUUGAAUGUAUUCAACUCAAAAAGAAUAAUAUUACCAGAGAUACCUCAUAAUUCUAUAAUAAAUACAAGUCAUAUAAUGAAUCCACAAGGAAGAGCUCAUUCACCUAUAAAAUGUAAUGUAUUAGAGAAUAAUAAUAAUAAUAAUGAACCGGAUAUUUGGAAUAUUGGUUCAUCAACUGGAAUUGGACAAUCAAAAUCUCGAACAAUUAGAUCAUCAUUAUCUAAUCAAAAAUAUAAAUUAUUCAAUUCAUCAAAACAACAAUUAACUCUAUAUCAUGAUGAUAUGAAUAUGAAUCUAAUGAAUUCAGAUAAUGGUAAUAGUCUAAUUAAUACAGAUGAUGAAACUGUUUCAUUAAAUACAAUAGAUGAUCAUUAUGAAGAGAAUAUGAAAUUAUUAAAUAGAUAUUCAAAUUCAUUAAAACAAUUUCAUGGAAAUAAAUAUGAAUUAGAUGGUUCAACUAAAACAUUGAUUCCAUCUAAUCAAUUACAUUAUCCACUUAGUACUUCAUGUAAAUCAUCAAUACAUUGGAAUAAAAGUCAAACUACUCAUUUAUUGAAUCAAAACUUGAUUCCUUCAGACUAUAAAACCGAAACAAGUCUACCUUUAAAUAUUCAACCAAAUAAUAUACCGUCUACUGUAAACUCAUCUCAGUUUCCAUCUUCAUCAUCAUCAUCAUCAUUAUAUGAUCAACCAACUACACUUAUUAAAACAUAUGGAGAUGAUUCUGGUGAUAAAUGGACAGUUUAUUAUCGUAAUCCAAAUAUUCCUAAUGUUCAUAUUGAAUCAAUAGAUGAUAAUAAUAAUAAUAAAACAACUCAAUUACAUGAUCAUUCUAUAUUAAAUCAAUCUAAUUCAUAUAAAACACUUUCACAAUAUUCAAACGAAUAUUCUUCACAAAUCAAUAAUCAAUUAUUAAUACCCGAUCAAAAAGAUGGAAUACCAUUAAAACAAAUCAAUAAAAUAGUAACUAUGGAAAAUACCACGGAUAUAUCUAAAAAGAAACGUAAAAAAUAUCGAUUGUAUUCAAUUAAACAAACUGAAUAUCUUAUUGAAGCAUUAGAAUCAUUAACAAAUUCUAUAGAAAAGAAUAAUAUCAAUCUUGAAUUAGAAUUAAAGGAUAUUGAUUUAGAUAAUAAACAAUCAUUAUUGAUGUUACAAAAUACCGAUAUUAAUUUACAUAGAAAUUCAUCAUUAACAACUAAAUUACGUCCAAAAAGUUUCAAUACAAAAUAUGGUAUUAUUAAUCGUCAUGAAUAUAAACGUAAAUCAGCUGGUUUAAAUCAUACAGAUGAAUUGAAUCAUAAUCGAAUUGAAAAGGUUGCUGUUGAAGUACGUGUAGUAUUUUUAAAAAUUGGUGAAAUUGAUACAUUGAAAGAAUUAUAUUAUGCUGAUGCAUUUCUUCAAGCCAAAUGGAGAGAACCAAAACUUGAUGGACAUACAGCUGAAGAAUUAAGUAUUACUGAAUUGGAACAAUAUUGGAAUCCUUUAUUGUAUAUUGAUAAUAUAUUAAGUGAAACAAAAGAUACUCAAUGGAUAAUGGCUGUACGAAAUGAAUAUGGUGAAGUUUAUUUAAUGGAACGUAGACGUAUUAAAGGUGUAUUUUUAGAAACUUUAGAAUUAAAUGAUUUCCCAUUAGAUGUACAGGAUUUAACUAUUACUGUGACAACAGAACGACCUGAUACAGAAGUUGAUAUUAUUCCUGAUCAAGUAGAAAUGUCUGCUAUCAAUAUACAAACAUUUGUUGAUCAACAAGAAUGGAAAUUACAUGAACAUGUAGAGAUUAAAAAACGAAUUAUUAAACAAGAAUAUUCUAGUUCAAUGAAAAGUCAUCCAUGUUUAUCGGUAACAUGUCGAGCAGCUAGACGACCCGGAUAUUUUUAUUGGAAUGUAUUUCUUAUAAUGUUCAUGAUUUCUGGUUUGGCAUUUGCUACAUUCGCUGUUUCACCGGAUAAAGCAGAACUUCGUCUACGUUUAUCAUUUACAUUAAUUCUGACCAGUGUCACAUUUAAAUAUGUGAUUACACAAAGUUUACCAAAAAUUUCAUAUUUAACUUAUAUGGAUAAGUAUGUUUUAAUGUCGUUAUUCAUUCUGUGUAUAAUCAGUAUUUGGCAUGCAGUUGUUACAUUGAUUGGUUUAGAUUUUGAUUUACCCGAUUCACCUGGAUUUGGAUCAUCUUUACCUAGUACUUCUACAACUACUACUACAAGUACUACUAAUACUACUGCAACUACUACAGCUGCUAUUAUUUCACCGAAUUUAAAUGUAAAUACAACAAAUCAAAGCCCUAGAUUAUAUUUUCCUAAUCAUAAUAAAUCAGAAUCAAUACAGUCUAUUCCUAAUCAUUCUCAAAUGAAAAUAUCAAAUUACAAGUUUUCAAAUACAUCUCAACUAUCAGAACAAAUGAAUAAUUCAGAUGCAUUACCUUCAUUGCAUAAUCUCUCAUCAUUAUCUCCAUUGUCUUUGUUAUCUACUCCGUCUAUGUACAAUAAUCUAUUACAGAAUGAUUCCUUUACACAAUUAUCUAAAACAGGAACACCAUUAAUGACGGCAACACCUGUUAAUCAAACAUUCAACUCUUUAUUAAAAGAACAAAACAAUGGAUGUAGUCGGACUAAUCGUAUGGCAUGUUCCGAUUGGAAAAUGAUACAACAAAUAGAAAAACAUGUAUUCACAUCAUUUGUUACAAUUUAUAUAUUGGCACAUGCAAUUUUUAUAUUUUGGCUUUAUUUCGAUGCAAGUAGACGUAGACGAGAAAUGACUCAGAAGGAUAAAGAUUAUAGAGCAACUAAACGACCAAUUAAUCAGAGAGAAUUUGGAUCUGGAACAUCAUUAUAA